GACACUAAUGUAAUCAACGCUUAAAAACUAUUUAGCUCUUCAAUGGAAACUUUGAGUCGUUUAUUGGUUUUCAUGUCUCUGUUUUCCGGUUUAGUUUCUGGAUUUGCUCUGCAAAACCUUCCAAUCACAUCUUUUGAAGAAGGUUACACUCAACUUUUUGGUGACAAGAACUUGUUUGUUCAUAAAGAUGGCAAAUCUGUCCGGUUAACACUCGAUGAAAGAACCGGUUCUGGUUUUGUCUCAAAUGAUCUUUACUUGCAUGGAUUCUUCAGUGCUUCUAUUAAAUUACCUUCUGAUUAUUCAGCUGGUGUUGUUGUUGCCUUUUAUAUGUCAAAUGGAGAUAUGUAUGAGAAGAAUCAUGAUGAGAUAGAUUUUGAGUUUCUUGGUAACAUUAGAGGAAAAGAAUGGAGGAUUCAGACAAACAUUUAUGGUAAUGGAAGUACUCAUUUAGGAAGAGAAGAAAGAUAUAAUCUUUGGUUUGAUCCAACUGAAGAUUUUCAUCAAUACAGUAUCCUCUGGUCUGAUUCUUACAUCAUAUUCUUUGUAGACAAUGUUCCUAUCAGAGAGGUCAAACGUACUGCGGCAAUGGGUGGUGACUUUCCGUCUAAGCCGAUGUCUCUCUACACAACAAUAUGGGACGGUUCUAAAUGGGCGACUGAUGGUGGGAAGUACGGUGUAAACUACAAAUAUGCGCCUUACAUUGCGCGGUUUUCUGAUCUAGUCCUUCACGGCUGCCCCGUGGACCCAAUCGAGCAGUUUCCGAGGUGCGAUGAAGGAGCGGCUGAGGAUAUCCGUGCAGCGCAGGAGAUUACCCCGUCGCAGAGGAGUAAAAUGGAUGUUUUCAGGCGGAAACACAUGACUUAUUCGUAUUGCUAUGAUCGGACAAGGUACAAGGUUGCUUUAUCGGAGUGUGUGGUGAAUCCUGCAGAGGCUCAAAGGCUUAGAGUAUAUGAUCCAGUCACAUUUGGCGGAAUUCCUAGGCGCCACCGCAAUGGAAAGCACCGGAGCAAGAGAAGCCGGGUUGAUGGAACAGAGAGUCUCGGUAACAUAGGAGUAACAAGAGUCAACGCCAGUCAAAGGAACCACUCUAAGAAACUCACUAAGAAUCUCCGUAAUCCACGCCGUACCAAGCUUCCUCCUGAUUUUGGUGUUAAUUUGUAUCUUAGGAAACCCAAAAUUGAACCAGUUGUGGAUGAUUAUAAUGAUGAUGAUGAUGGUGAUGUGCAAGAUCAAGAAUCAGUGGAUGAUGAUGCUGUUGUGUGGGAACCAGAAGAAAUCGAGGCGAUUUCGUCGCUUUUUCAGAAAAGGAUUCCUCAAAAACCCGGUAAACCGAUUCGAGUUAGGCCUUUACCACUUCCUCAACCUCACAAGUUACGACCUUUAGGGCUUCCAACUCCAAAGAAGAACAUUAGAUCAGCUGCAUUGUCUUCUGUAUCGAAGCAAGUGUAUAAAGAUCCGAGUUUUCUCAUCGGUUUAGCUAGAGAGAUUAAGAGCUUGCCUUCUUCUGAUGCUGAUGUCUCUCUUGUUCUCAAUAAAUGGGUUAGCUUCUUGCGUAAAGGGUCACUCUCUAUGACGAUUCGAGAAUUGGGUCAUAUGGGUUUGCCUGAGAGAGCUUUACAGACAUAUCAUUGGGCUGAGAAGCAUUCUCAUUUAGUACCAGAUAAUCGGAUUCUCGCAUCCACUAUUCAGGUUUUGGCCAAGCACCACGAGCUGAAAUUGCUUAAGUUCGACAAUAGCUUGGCUAGCAAGAACGUGAUCGAAGCAAUGAUCAAGGGAUGCAUUGAAGGCGGAUGGUUGAAUCUAGCCCGGAAGCUUAUACUGAUCUCGAAGAGUAACAAUCGAAUACUCGACUCGAGUAUUUACGUAAAGAUGAUUCUGGAGAUAGCUAAAAACCCAGACAAGUACCAUCUUGUUGUUACUCUUCUCGAGGAACUGAAAGAAAGAGAAGAUUUGAAGUUGAGCCAACAGGAUUGCACAGGUAUUAUGAAGAUCUGUGUGAAACUAGGAGAGUUUGAGCUCGUUGAAUCUCUCUUCGACUGGUUUAAAGAAUCAAACAGAGAACCAAGCGUUGUAAUGUACACUACGAUGAUACAUAGCAGGUAUUCGGAACAGAAAUACCGGGAGGCGAUGAAUGUGGUUUGGGAGAUGGAGGAAUCAAACUGUCUCCUUGAUCUUCCAGCUUAUAGAGUAGUCAUUAAACUAUUCGUAGCAUUGGAUGAUUUGGGAAGAGCAAUGAGGUAUUACUCUAAACUCAAGGAAGCUGGAUUCUCGCCAACUUAUGAUAUUUAUCGCGAUAUGAUUAACGUUUAUACCGCUUCUGGGCGAUUGACAAAAUGUAAAGAGAUAUGUAAGGAAGUUGAAGAUGCUGGAUUGAGGUUAGAUAAAGAUACUUUAUUUAUGUUGUUGCAGCUCGAAAAGCAAACAAUGUCUCUUUUGCACUGAAGACAAAGCUCCAAUUUUGU